AUGAAGGAAAAAUCAAAGAAUGCCGCGAAAAAGCGCAGAGAGAAAGAGAACGGAGAGUUUUAUGAGCUGGCCAAGCUGCUGCCUCUGCCGGCGGCCAUCACCUCCCAGCUGGACAAGGCCUCCAUCAUCCGGCUGACGAGCAGCUACCUCCGGAUGCGGAGCAUUCUCCCCGACGGUCUGGGUGAUGGAUGGGGGCAGUCAACAAGGUUCAGUCCUCUGGACAACAUGGCAAAGGAGCUGGGUACCCACCUUUUACAAACUCUAGAUGGGUUUGUUUUUGUUGUUGCAUCAGAUGGAAAAAUCAUGUACAUUUCAGAAACGGCAUCAGUGCACCUUGGUCUGUCACAGGUGGAGCUAACAGGAAACAGUAUAUUUGAGUACAUCCACCCAUCAGACCAUGAUGAGAUGACAGCAGUGCUGAGUCUCCGCCAGGCCCCACAGCAACAUUUCUUGCCAG